GGAGUGGGGGCAAUUGAAAUCAUGACGGGGCCUUCUGGGAUUGGUACAAAGGACGAUUGAAGCUUGAAAAUGGAGCAUCCUGCCCUUGUUCAAAACUGCAUAGAUUAGAUGCAAAUUUUGAACGCGUGACAUACUCUCGCGAUUGCUUUCUGCAGACCAGAUGCUGCCAAAUGCUGUCAUCCGUUCCGCGUCGUGGAUUAGUACCUGUCAGACGCGGACAUGGGUUUGGCCCCACCUUCAGUUGCUGUCAUCUGGGUGUGAUGGAGAGAGAGAGAGAGAGAGAGAGAGAGAGCUGUGGAAGCAUUUGGUGGGAUGAGAAAUUUAGAAUGUUCAGUGUGGUGGUGAACUCCAAAACAGAACAGAGCUAGUAACUAUGGUGAUUUGAUUUGAGAUUUGCAUCACAGCCAUUGUUUGAAGACGAAAUCACUGAGUUUUGCGGAGCUGACAUUAGACAAAAACAAUAGCUUUCUUGCAUAUUUGAAUGUGACCCGUUCGGUAGAUUUCCUGAAACUCGACAUUGAUCUGUGAUAAUAUAUCGAGAAAUUUGGGCUCAACGCUCUGGUUUUCGUUUGUGUGGAAAUGGAGGAGCUUUGGUUUGCAAGCAAUGACAUUCGGAUCAAUGUGCUUUCCCGAUUACCUUUGAAAACUUUGCUUAACGUUAAGUGUGUUUCGAAACAAUGGUAUCGUCUUAUUUCAGAGCGCUCUUUCAUAAGGCAUCAGUCUGAAAGGAAAGAAUUCAAAGAACCCAUUUCUGGAUUUUUCUUCCAGGAGAGGUUUCAGUGGUGUGAUGAUGAUAUCAAGUCCAUCAGCUAUAUUCCAGUCGACACCGAAGAAGCCACAAAUGUGCAACGCUCAGUUUUCAAUUUCCUCCCACAAAGCAUUGUGCUCUUAUCCGUGAGCAAUGGCCUGAUUUGUUGUCGGAGUUGCUUUCCUUCGCCACAGCCUGUAGUAUUCAUCUGUAACCCCUUGAACAAGGAAUGGGUGACUCUUCCAUGGCCCACAGUCCCCAAACAAAGCAGCCUAGGGCUGGCUUUUGAUCCUUCUAGGGACACCACGGGUGAAUCCACCAAUUUCAAAGUGGUUGCAGUUCAUCAGAAUGAAUCUGAAACUGAGAUGGAGGAUUGGUACUUCUCAUAUGACGUAUACUCGUCAAAAACAAAUACUUGGACCAGAUCAAAGGAAAUAUGCCAGUGCAAUCACAAUUUGUUUAAAAACAAAGGCAUUUUCGUAGGAGGAGCCUUGUAUUGGCUAACUGAUGGUGAUCAAAUCCUCAUGUUCGAUGUUCAAAACGAGCUAUCUUGGUUGGUUUCCGUUCCAUUCCCACUGGGGGCUUUUGAUAGCAUGCCUGGGGUGUGUAUUGGCGAAUCUGAAGGCAAAUUGCAUUGUGUUUUGAUAACUGAAUGUGGAAUUCAUGUGUGGGCUCUUGAGGAUUAUCUUGACCUUAAUUGGGCGUGCAGAUACUCUAUUAGCCUUGAUGAGAUGGAGGCAGAAAACUCUGAGUUUCUAUGUAACGUACAACAGAGAAUGGUGAGUCGAAUCAAUACAGCUCCAUGGAUGGAUCCUUUGGCUUUUAAAGAUGGUCUUUUGUUUAUGAGGGUGGCGACAAAGAUCUAUUUGUACAACUUUGGAACAAGGAAAAUGGAGGAGCUCUGCACGCUUUCCAUGUUGGGGCCCAACUCUAUGAUUUCCCCCAUUGUGCUACCGUAUUCCAUGAGUUUGGUUCUGUUGGAUCAGCAAUAGGAGUUGGUUGGAUCAAUUUUUUCCUCGUAACAAAUGUUAUUGUAAAUGUUUUUGGGGAAUUACACGGGUUCAGGGAUCUUAGUUUUUGUCCUGUCAGUUGUUAUGGGUUUAGAUUUGUGCAUAGUUGUCUGUUGUUUGCUCGGCUUGUAUGGAUAUUCACUAGUAAAGAUGUAAGCUUUCGAUAUUUGGAAACUAAACUUCAUCUAUUUUCAUCUACGUUAUCAAUAUGAAUGUCAUAGCAAUUUUGGUUA